AUGGCAGAAGGAAGAGAGUUUAGGCCACAUGAACCAUAUACCAAUCGCUUAAAAAGAAUUCUUGAAGACUACCCUGAAAGUUCACAGGUCCUUCGCGAGAUCCUACAAAAUUCGGAUGAUGCCCAAAGCACAGAACAAAUAUUUAUACUUGAUCAUAAUACAUAUGAUGAAAAGAGCCUUCUUAAACCCGAGCUUAAGAGAUUCCAAGGACCUGCGAUGUUAUCAAUAAAUAACACAAAAUUUAAUGAUUAUGAUUUUAAAUCAUUGGAGAAUUUGGGUAGUAGUGAAAAACAAAAUCAAUAUGAUAAAAUUGGUGAAAUGGGCAUCGGUUUCAAUUCUAUUUAUCAUUUAUGUGACAGUUGCUCGUUCAUCACUAGUAAUAAAUUUGCAAUUCUUGAUCCUCAUGAGUGGUAUUAUAGGGGAGGCGCUAUAUAUGACGAUUUUGCCACCUUAUCAGAAAAAUAUCCUGAUCAAUUUUAUCCUUUUAAAAACCUUGGAAAAAAAUUUAAAAUUCCAUUUGAUGGAUCAUUCGACGGCACGAUCUUUCGAUAUCCUUUGCGCACUGAACAAGAUUCUAAGAAUUCAAAAAUCUCAGACAAAAUUUGUAACCCAGAUAAAGUUCUAGAAAUGUUUAAAACAUUUUUUAAAAAUGAUAGUGUUGAUUGUCUACUUUUUCUUAGAUAUAUUGAACGUAUCGAAUUUUACGAGUUGAAGGAAGGAAAAUCUGAGCCUGAAUUAAUUUACAAGAUUUUACUGAAAGAUGCAGAAAAAGUACGCGAAAGGCGUCAGAUGAUUGUUAAAGCAAUUUCUCCAAUGAUGAAGAAUCUUAAAGAAAAUAAACUUAUUCAAAAAACAACAAUAGACGUAUCAUACAAUGCAUCCAUUGUUCUAUAUGAAAAAGAAGAAGUUGUAGAUGAGUCUUUAUGGCUUAUUUUGAAUAUGCUUGAUGAUUUACAUAAUGCGAAAACCAAAUUUCCGAAUGACUUUGGUGAAAGGCUUGGUACUAUAUCAAAUGUAGGGUUAGCUGCAAAGUUAAAUUUAAGUCAGAAUAACUUUCAUGGAAAACUAUUCUGUUUUUUUCCUUUUCCGAUAAAUACCCCAUUCCGAGUUUCCAUAAAUGGGCAUUUUGCAGUUACUAAUAAUCGACGUAAUAUAUGGUACGAAGAUCCUAAAGAUUUGUUCGAUAAAUCUUUGGCUAAUUUGAAAAAUAAAUGGAAUCAUUAUCUUUUCGAAGAGGUUAUACCACAAGCUUGGGUGAAAUUUAUUAUUAAGCUUCAAUCCCAUGUAGAUCAAAAAGAAGCUUACUAUAAGUUUUGGCCAAUUGUGGAUCCAGCUCAAUUUACAUCAAUAUUCUUUAUAGAUCUUCUAAAAAAUAUGAUGAGAAAGAUUAAUGCAGACGAUAAAAUUUUUCGUGAACAUGACCAAACGUUAUCUAUUUCAACGGGAUAUUUUCAAGAUAAAUUGUGUGUCGAACCAGAUAUAUUGAGUAAGAUUGGAUUUCCACUUAUCACCGCUCCCUCCGAAAUCAUUGAAGCGUUAAAAAACUCUGAUAGGCAUUCUUCUCUCAGAUUUUAUAAUCCUAGUAUUGUGAGCGAAUUUCUUCAACGUCACGAAAAAUGGCAUGAUAAGCUGGAAAGAAAUGAGAUCUUAAGAUUGUUCGGUUAUUUAAUGAACGAUGAAAAUUAUGAGAUAUUGGAAGGUCUGAAAAUGAUGCCAUUGGCUAAUGGAGAAUAUAAAACAAUAUCUAGAGACGGCACGGUAACGUAUAUAUGUCCAGAUCACCUUACGGGUCAAGGUGAAAAUGAUCCACGCGAAAUUUUUGAAGAUCAAUCUGAAAAGUUCAUUGCUAAAGACAUCUCACCCGAUUUAUUGAGUCGUUUGAUCGAUAAAAUAACAAAAGGAUGGGAUUUUAAAAUCGAGAUACUAACUCCACAAAAUAUUGUUGACAUGGUUAAAAAUAAAAUUGAUCUAAACGAUAAGGUUGACCUUGAAUGGAUUAAUCGACUUUGGCGUUAUUUAUGUAAUAAAUCCAAUGAAAUUGAUUUGAAAUUAUUUGAAGAUCUCGAUAUUAUCCCAACAAAACAAAAUAUCGAUAUUCUCAGAAAACUUAAAACAAAUCAAAUAAAAUAUUUUUUUAACAGCAUGCAGAGCCAUUUUGAUCAGGUAUAUCCUAUUCUUGAAAAACUUGGCAUAAUUUUUAUAAAUAGCGAAUUUGAAAACAAUGUAGUUCAUUUAAGGACAAGGCUUUCAGCAUAUAUUUGCGAUAUAAGUGAUAUAAAAUCAGUUUUAUCAUCGAUAAACACGGAUGAAGCAUGUAAAUUAGACAUGAAUGAAACGGAACUUUUUAUAAAAUAUUUAAAUUCUUUACACAUUACCUCAGCUCUUGCCAAGGAUCAUAUUGAAACUAUAAAAUGCUUACCAAUUUUUAAAGAGGUUGGUAAAAGUGAGACUACGAGCCUAAAUUCUGAUGAAAAUGUUUCUUGGUUUCUUCUGCCAAUAGAAGAUGAAAAUGACUACGGUCAGAUAAUUGCACCACCAAAGGAAUUUAAGUUUCUUGACACAACAUCUACGGAUAUACGUUAUUUGCUAGAGAAUAUUAUCAAAAUUCCGCGUUUGCCACAAGUUGAUUAUUGGAGAGAUUAUGUGAUAAAGUAUUUGGAAGUUAACCAUAAUAAAGAGAUUGUAGUUGGAAAACUUUUUGAACGACUGCCAAGGCUUCUUUUUUCAGACAGUUCGCUAAUAAACAAAUUGGGCAAUAUUCCUAUUGUGCCUUGCGCGACGAUUCGAGUGGCUCGAGGACAAAAUAUUGAUCCAAUCAAGUACAGAAGACCUAUUGAUCUUUAUGAUUCUUCUAUACCUGAAAUUACGCAAUUAUUUUUCGACGAUGAGCAAAUUUUCCCAACAGAGAAGUUCUUGAAUCUACACCAUUACUUUUUGAAAACUCUGGGAAUUAAAACUUCACUUUCACCAGUAGAUAUCGUUGAGAGAAUUAAUACAUAUAUAAAACGCCAGGAAACAAUAAAACCUAACGAUGAGGUGUACGAUAAAUCGCGCAAUCUGCUUAUUUAUAUUGAUGAAAAUUGGAAUUUACUCUUAGAUAAAAAUGAUGAAUUUUUAUCAGUUAUUAAGUCUUCAAAAUGGAUUCCGACUAUUGACAAUGUUGGUAAAAAGUCAUUCUCUAGUUCAUCUGAAUGUCGAGACAAAAAAGAUGAGCAUUUAGUAUCAUUGACCCUUUCAAUUCUCGAUUAUCAAGUCAAGAGUCAACUUCACGAGCAUCUGGGAUGGAAUAGACGUCUUCCUGUAGAUAUUAUUCUUGAACAAAUGAAGAUAUGUUCUAAGAAAAUUUUAAAUAAUCAGCCAAAAAUUUGCGAGGCGAUUUACAAAUAUAUUAAUGAGUCUCUGUCGCACGACGAUGAAAAGUCUAAGCAAGAAGUCAAAAAAAUAAAAGAUGAAUUAAAAAAUAUAAAGUGGAUUUUCUGUAAAGGCAAUUUCUAUGCAACAGAAAAUGUUGUUUUUAAUCUUUCGACGAAUUUUGUUAUACCAAUUAUUCAAUUGCCCGAUAAUUACCGAAAUAGCUUUUAUAAAGUAUUUAAACAGAUGGGGGUUCGAGAAAAAGCUGAGAUUUCCGAUUUCAUUAAAUUAAUCAAUAACAUUGCUCAUGAAGCAAAGAAUAAAGCAUUAAAUGAUGACAAUUUAUCCAAAACUAUUGCAAUCCUUAAUCAAAUCGGAAAGGAAUGUAAUAAAUCUAAUGAGAAAAAGACUGAUGAUUUGAAAGGUUUGCUUAUUCCAAGUACUAAUGCUAUUCUUUUCAGCCUUGAAGAAAUUAAUUUUGAUGACAUGGCCGGACUAAAUAAUGACGAAAAAGAAAACUACAAAUUUUCUCACCCCAAAAUAUCACUUGAGCUUGCUAGGGAACUUGGAAUUCAAAUGCUUUCUGAGACAUUUAUAGAAGGCAGUGAUAUUGAUUUUGAAAUCUAUGAACAAUCAGAAGAAUUUCUUCAGAAUGCUGAUGAUGCGGGAGCGCAUAAAUUUUCUAUAUAUAUCGAUGAGAGGCCAUGGCAUAAGAAGCCUGAUCAAUCCACACUCUUAUCUAAAGAAAUGAGUAUACGGCAAGGUCCAGCUAUUUGGAUCUACAAUGAUGCGAAGCUUGAAAAAAAAGAUUUUUCUUCAUUGAUUAGACUUGGCAUUGGAGGCAAAUCUGAAGAUGAUAGCAAAAUAGGUCGUUUUGGAAUUGGAAUUACUGCUGCAUAUUUUUUAACCGAUAUUUUAUCUAUUGUGAGCGGAAAACAAAUUGGUUUCCUUGAUCCUCAUGCAAAAUUUCUUCCAAGACGAUCUCGAGGAAUUGAGUUAAAUUUCCUUGACAAAAAACUUUUAAAUCGGUUUAAUGAUCAAUGUGAACCAUAUCUUGCUGUAGGUUGUGAUUUUAAACAAGAUUUUAACGGAACCUUGUUUAGACUGCCACUUAGAAGCAUUGAAUUAUCGAAACAAAGCUUAUUCUCACAACAUUCAGUAGGACAUGAAAAGAUUUUAGAAUACCUUUGUAAUUUGGAAGGUAAUCAUGAGAUUCUUUUUUUAAGAAACAUCGAAACAUAUAAUGUAUAUCGUAUAGAUAAGAAUGAAAACAAACGGUUGAUCUGGGAGGCGAAAAUUCAAGAUUUAAAAGAAGAUAUUAGGGACAUUCGUAGCAAAGUUAAUUAUGAACCACAAGUUUUUCAACUUAAUACAAGGAUCGACGCACAAAAAAAGAAGACCAUUUUUGAAGUAUGGCUUGUAUGUACAGGUGGAAUACCCAUAGUCAGGGACUCGGAGUUAUACAAAUUCUCAAAAAAUGAAAGAAUUACUGCACAUGGUGGUAUCGCUGCCAUUCUUACACGAUCAGAUAAUGAAUCCUUGAAAAAUCCUUUAGACUUAACAUAUCCGCCCGUUCUUCGCGGCAAAGAAUACGCGUCUAUUCCUUGUAAUAAUUAUACUAAAUUAAAUGUGCACAUAAAUGGCAAUUUUUUUUUAUCUAAGGAUAGAAUGGUUUUACAAAAAAAUGAUGCCUAUGGAAAGUGGAAUCAAUAUAUUUUAUUUGAAGUUCUCCCACCUUUACAUGUUAAAUUAUUGGGUGAAAUCGCCAGAAUAAGUUAUGAACAUUUCGAGAAUUCUAAUAUCAAACCCGAAAAUUUUAUUUCAUGUAUAACAAAAAAUUUUUGGCCAUUUGGUAAAGAUAUGCGGGUUCAUUUGGAUUAUUAUGAUUAUGCAUUAAGAGAUAUGGGGGUUCAUUUGGUUCAUUUGGAUUAUUAUGAUUAUGCAUUAAGGGUACUGCAAAAUCUUGGUGAAAGCAAAGUGUUCUGGACGGAAGCAGAAGGUGGCAAGUUUGUGUCAUUAAAUGAUGCAUAUUUCUCUGAAGAAAAUGAUCAUACUAUUGCAAAUAUUCUUGCUAGGCAUGGUAUUUCAACGGUAAAAGUGGACAAAGUCAUACUUGAUCAAUUGAAGAUGUCCCAAAUCCGAAAAGGAAAAUCUGAUAUAAACGUGAAGGAUCGACUUAUUGGCCCUGCAUUUGUUUAUAAAAAAUUACAAGAAAACAAUAAUAUUUUAAAAUCCUUUCAAGAUUCUACAGAACCUCAUAAAAAUGUUAUAAUUUUGUUAAAAUUUGUUUUACAAAAUGAUAAUUUAUAUCAAUCUCUAAUUGGAUUUCCAUUGGUGCCACUACAAGAUGGUUCUUUUGGUACUUUUGGAGAACGAACUUUUUAUAUUGCGAAGAAAAAAUAUCAAGAUUUAUUUCCAAUAUCUGGUCCUUCCCGUUUUAUUGUUGAUUUAGAUGAUGAACUUAGCAGUAUUUUUGAAAAGAAUGAUUUUUCAAGGAUUACAAAUAUAAAAAGACUUGACGCAUCAGGUAUUCUCGAUCUUUUGGCCGGAGAACUUCCUUAUAAACAGGAAAUUGAUUGUGAUCCUUCCUCACAAAAUAUUCCUAAUCGGCAAUGGCUAGAUAAUAUCUUAGAAAAGAUGAAAUGGGGCAUAGGAUUAGAAAUCGCAAAAUUAUCAGAAUAUCCAUUACUCCCUGUAAUUUUACCAAGCGGCAAACACAAACUUGUUCAAAUGAAUCCGUCAAGUCCUUUAUUGACUUAUCCAGAUAAUCCGGAUGAAAUUCUUGUGCGUGCUCUUAGAAACCUAGGAAUUUGUUUCACAGACAUAAAAUUUAAUAAAAAGAAUAUUAAUUCAGAGUUUUUGAAGAGAGGUGUACUUAACUGGAAUUAUUAUAAUAUAUUUGUGUCUAUUAAGAAAAAACAAGAAUCACAAAAUAUUUCCAUGGAGUCAUUUUUCAAAAAUGCAGAGUUGGAUGAAGAUGAAUUAAAUAAGCUUAGAGAGUUCAUUAAAGCUUUUAUCAAUUCUUCACGAGGGCAAGGAGCCGAUAAUAUUGAAGUCAUCCAAGAACUUCCUAUAUGGCCGAUUUACUCAUCAAGGAAGUAUGAAUAUAUUUCCGCAAAAAAGGGGAAAUUGCCUCCACAUAAUCUUCCCUGCUAUUCAUUUGAUAAAGAUUUAUUUAAUAUACAACAUGAAUAUUAUAGUGUUCUUACUUCACUUGGUGCUAGAACGUAUAAUGAAUUCGAUUAUGUAAAACAGUAUUACACUCCUGAUUCGAGAGUACGACCAACACAAGAAGAUGUAGAAUUUCUUGAAAAAAUUCUUUUACUUAAAGAUAAGAAUAUUAUGGAUUAUCUUGAGAGUUUUGAAUCGAUUCCAAAUAAAACUCUUGAAGCAUUUGUGAAGGCCGAUGCUUUAUACAAUGCGGAUGAAGAAUUUUUCACUCAAAUAUUUGAUGAGAACAAAUUUCUCCCUUUAAAAUUACAAAAUAAUCCCGGUUGUCUUUAUGCUUUAUCAAGGAUAGGACUCAAAUUGAACAUCAGCAGUAGUAACGCAUAUACUGAAUGUGCUCGUGAAAUUGAAUUGAAAAUUAAUGAAAUUGGCAAUCCUAGUGAUGAUAAAAUUAGGCCUAUUGCAAUGGAGUUAGCAGGACUUAUUUUCCGUAAGUUGAAACCCGUAAAGGGGUUGGAUCAACUUACCAAAAUAAAAUUUGUUCCUUCUAAGAAACUUCCGGAUCCUUACGGCACGACGGCUGUUCAUACUUCGGGAUAUGAGUCAUUUAAUUCUUUAUACUCAGAUAAAUAUCGAAAUAUAUGCUGGACUCAAGCAAAGUUUUUUGAUGAUGAUGUUGCAUACUCUGGACAAUCUCCAAAAAUUGAAAUGGUUAUUGAGCAUUGGAAUUAUUUGUUUGUUGGAAACAUUUUUCAAAAAGCAAACUGGAAAAGUAGUACCAUACAUAAAAUUAUGGAAGAUAUUUAUCAAUUUGUGUGGAAUUUUUUGAAAAAAGAAGAUGGAACUACAAAACUUGAAUUAAAAAAUCUGCGUUUUUUAAAUGGUGAUGAUCCUUUCGAUCCCGAUUGUUGGGUUUCGGGUAAUAAACUAGUCUUUGGCAUUCAAAAUGAUAAAGAAGGUGAUUUAUUUAAAGUAAAUAGUCGUUUGGAGCCAUUUAAAGAAUUAUUGAUAGCUGCAGGCACAAUGAAUAUAGAUAAUGAAAUAGAAAUUAAUAAGAUACCAGCCAAUCAUUCGCAGAAAGAUGAGUUGAUUAAACAUUUAAUCAAGUGCUUGAAUGAAGAGCCUAAUCUUCAUGACGUUAUAUUUGAAAUUGGAAGUGAUAAGAUUGGCGCAAAUCGCUGUGUUCUAUCAUGUGUUGCGGAUUACUUUGAUUGGAAUUUUUCCGAAAAUCCCAUAAAAAUUGAUAACAUUCAACCGAACAUAUAUAAAGUACUGUUGAGAUGGCUUUACGGUAUGCCAUAUUCGGAUGCUAUUAAAGAAAUUUUCGGCAAGGAGCUUUCUGGACAAGAUUAUUUAGACUUUAUGCUUGAAUUUCUAAAAGUAUCGUAUAAAUAUCAACCAUUGAAAAGCAUAAUUCAAAAUGAAAUCGUGGAUAAGAGUUCUCUUAUAAACGAAACUAAUGUGAAGAUUGUGAGAGAUUUGAGCGACGACUGUAAUGCAGAACUGCUUAAAGAAUACUGUGAAAAAUACAUCGAAAAAAAUAGAGAUAUCAUAGACGCAAUUAGCACUUCACAAAGUACAAACGUUUCCCAGAAUUCACUGUCUAGUGAAAAUUUUCUGGAUUAA